UUAAAGACAUUUUUGCCUUAAAUGACCAAUUUUUAGGAGAAGCAUCUCAUUUUGUUAACAUAAGAACUAAAUCAAAGGAAUACUUACUAAAGAGAGAGGUAGGUCAUAAAACAGUUGCAAUUAUUGAAGAAUUGGUCAGAAAGCACAGCAGAAACAAUUGAAACCCUUCUGUAAUGUGUUCCCUAUUUUUUAGAGUUUAAAAUACUCAGCAUAAUCCAGACAUUUGCUAUUUGAUUUGAUUUCUGUAAGUACUAUCUCAAGUAACAGAAUUUUGCUCAUAAACAGUAUUUUCAAAAUUUCACGCAAUGACUGAAAUAGAUUUCUGUUAAACUUUAUUCUGAUACAAUAAUAAAUUCAAUUAUUAUCCUUCUUAAACUCUCAGAGUUGUUUUAAAGAUUCAGUAUAUUUAAGUAGGCAUUGAGUAUUUCACAGACAGCCAGUAAAUAUCUGGACAGUGUUCAGAGGAUGGAUACUACUUUCUCUUGAAUGAAUAUUGGCUCUUGACAUAGAUUGAUUUGUUGUUACCACUUAGUUAACUUAUGAUCAUUAGAUAUUGUCACCUAGGUGAGAUUUCCACCCUCCGUUUAUGUACUUCCAUGGAAAAAGAAGAAAAGCAGCCAAAAUUUAUCAUGGUGGAUUUUCUUGGUUUUGUUUGAAUUUGAAAUAUCCAUGAGGGCAUGAGAAAAGGUGUCUGUUGGUGAUCUAGACCGGUGAGAGGAGGUAAGAGGCAGGGAGCUUGCCUGCUUGCCUUCAGGGAGCUUGCCCCAGCUGCUGGCUUAAGGAGCCAAUUUCUGUUGGUCUGUUGCUACUGUCUAAGGAGAAAGGUAGUAAAUCUGCCUUGAUGUUGUCAAAUGCAAAUAUGUACAGAUAGCUUUAACGCAUUAUUCAGAUUUUCAUGAAAUUAGUGUUUUGUGACCCAAGUCUGGGGUCAUGAACAAAUGGGUAGCAAAAUCGUUUUGUUUCUGUAACAUUCUUUUUAGCUAAAGAACAACUGACACUCUGGAUAGUUUAUUUUAAGUCAGUAAGGGUUUUAAAUUAGUUAUGAUUUCAUUAAAGCAGGUCUGACUAAAAUUGCAACAUUUAAAGAAAUAAUUCUGUAUUUAAUGAUAAUAAAGUCUUUGAAAAGAGCAUAAUGGAAAGAGUGAUUGUGCCACACAUUUGUUCAUGACCCAGAUUUUAAGAUUUCAUGCAUAAGUAGUUUUGACUCUCGCGGUGCUCCAGAGAGCAGUGACCAUUGUCACAGAACCAGAGGGCACGGACCUGGAACCGAUGCACGCACUGUAUCAAUGUGGAGCAUUCGUAAGAAUUACAGGGUUCACUGAAGUAUGUAAAAUAUAACAUCUUUAAACUCUUAUUCUCUCUUCCCUUAGCUAAAUGAGACCCAUUGGUUGUACAUAGCUUUUUAAAUAUGUGAUGAAACGUUUAAAGGCGCCUGGGUGGCUCAGUCGGUUGAGCGUCCGACUUCGGCUCAGGUCAUGAUCUUACGGUCUGUGGGUUCGAGCCCUGCGUCAGGCUGUGUGCUGACAGCAGAGCCUGGAGCCCGCUUCGGAUUCUGUGUCUCCCUCUCUCUGCCCCUCCCCCACUUGUGUGCUCUCACACGUGUGCGCUCUCUCUCAAAAAUAAAUAAAUGUUUAAACGUGAUGGCUUAAUACACUGUUGAGGAAAUGCACAUUAGUCAAAUAUAUUGUGAAACCCAAUCAGCCAUUAAUGUAAUAGACAUAUAUUUCCUGAUGCUUCAUGCUCAGAAUUGCUUGUAAGCUCCCUGAGGGUAGUAAUCAAUUCUCACUCAACAUGUUCUUAGCUAUUCCCUUACCUACGUUUGUGCUUUGCGUGAAACUUACUCUUAAAUCGUUGAAUAGAUUGAAGGAUAUGAAAUGAUUACUUUUGGAAAUUGUUUUUUAACUGGUGACAUUUUAUUAAUAACUUGCUUAGCAAAAGUUGUUACCAUGAACAUGGAGCGCAUGCCUAUUAUCCUUCCAGCCACGCUACUGUCUUCACUGGGGGAGAAAAGAGGAGGACUCUGCUUCCUGUUCUAACAUUGGUCCUACUGUUGGUGUGCCAGGCAUUGGGCAAAGAGCUUCACGUUUACAUUGUUGCUGGAUCAUCACAUCAACUGUAGGAGAAAGGGAUAUCAGUAUGAACAACAUUACUCAAUUACCAGAAGAUGCAUUUAAGAACUUUCCUUUUCUAGAGGAGCUACGAUUGGCUGGCAACGACCUCUCUUUUAUCCACCCAAAGGCCUUGUCUGGGUUGAAAGAACUCAAAGUUCUAACCCUGCAAAACAAUCAGUUGAGAACAGUACCCAGUGAAGCCAUUCGAGGACUGAGUGCUUUGCAGUCUUUGCGUUUAGAUGCCAACCAUAUUACCUCAGUCCCCGAGGACAGUUUCGAGGGGCUUGCUCAGUUACGACAUCUGUGGCUGGAUGACAACAGCUUGACCGAGGUGCCCGUGCAUCCUCUCAGCAACCUGCCAACCCUGCAGGCACUGACCUUGGCCCUCAACAAAAUCUCAAGCAUCCCUGACUUUGCAUUUACCAACCUUUCAAGCCUGGUAGUUCUACAUCUUCAUAACAAUAAAAUUAAAAACCUGGGUCAACACUGUUUCGAUGGACUAGAUAACCUGGAGACCUUGGACUUGAAUUACAAUAACUUGGGGGAAUUUCCUCAGGCUGUUAAAGCCCUUCCUAGCCUAAAAGAACUGUUAUUUCAUAGUAAUUCUAUUUCUGUUAUCCCUGAUGGAGCAUUUGAUGGUAACCCACUCUUAAGAACCAUACAUUUGUAUGAUAAUCCUCUGUCUUUUGUGGGAAACUCCGCAUUUCACAAUUUAUCUGAACUGCAUUCCUUAGUCAUUCGAGGCGCAAGCAUGGUACAGCAGUUCCCCAAUCUGACUGGAACCGUCCACCUGGAAAGUCUGACCUUGACAGGCACGAAGAUAAGCAGCAUAUCCAGUAAUUUGUGCCAAGAACAAAAGAUGCUUAGGACUUUGGACUUGUCUUACAACAAUAUAAAAGACCUUCCAAGCUUUAAUGGUUGCCAUGCUCUGGAAGAAAUUUCUUUGCAACGUAAUCAGAUCCACCAAAUAAAAGAAGGUACAUUUCAAGGCCUGAUAUCUCUGAGGAUUCUAGAUCUGAGUAGAAACCUGAUCCAUGAAAUUCACAGCAGAGCUUUUGCCAAGCUUGGGUCAAUAACUAACCUAGAUGUAAGUUUCAACGAAUUAACUUCAUUUCCUACGGAAGGCCUGCAUGGGCUAAAUCAGCUGAAACUUGUUGGCAACUUCAAGCUACAAGAAGCCCUAGCAGCAAAAGAUUUUGUUAAUCUCAGGUCUUUAUCAGUACCAUAUGCUUAUCAGUGCUGUGCAUUUUGGGGCUGUGACUCUUAUGCACAUUCAAACACGGAAGAUACCAGCCUCCAGGACCACAGUGUGGCAAAGGAUAAAGGUCCCACGGGUGCAGCGGGUGUCACGAGCAGUGCAGAGAAUGAAGAACACAAUCAAAUAAUUAUCCACUGUACGCCCUCCACAGGUGCCUUUAAGCCCUGCGAGUACUUACUGGGAAGUUGGAUGAUCCGUCUUACCGUGUGGUUCAUUUUCCUGGUUGCAGUGUUUUUCAACCUGCUGGUCAUUUUAACCACAUUUGCAUCUUGUACAUCACUGCCUUCCUCCAAACUGUUCAUAGGCCUCAUUUCUGUAUCCAACUUAUUCAUGGGAGCUUACACCGGCAUCUUAACUUUUCUGGACGCCGUGUCCUGGGGCAGAUUUGCUGAAUUUGGCAUUUGGUGGGAGAUUGGCAAUGGGUGCAGGAUAGCCGGGUUUCUUGCAAUUUUCUCCUCCGAAAGUGCCAUAUUUCUGUUAAUGCUGGCAGCUGUCGAAAGAAGCUUAUCUGCAAAAGAUGUCAUGAAAAACGGGAAAAGCCGUCGUCUCAAGCACUUCCGGGCUGCUGCCCUUCUUGCUUUUCUGGGAGCUGCAGUGGCAGGCUGUUUUCCACUUUUCCACAGCGGGGAGUAUUCUGCCUCACCCCUCUGCUUGCCAUUCCCCACGGGAGAAACGCCAUCUCUAGGAUUCACUGUAACCUUAGUGUUGUUAAACUCCCUGGCGUUUUUAUUAAUGGCCAUCGUCUACACAAAACUGUACUGCAACUUGGAAAAGGAGGACCUUUCAGAGAACGCACAUUCUAGCAUGAUUAAGCACGUUGCCUGGCUCAUCUUCACCAACUGCAUCUUUUUUUGCCCUGUUGCGUUUUUCUCCUUUGCGCCGUUGAUCACUGCGGUCUCCAUCAGCCCUGAAAUUAUGAAGUCUGUCACUCUGAUCUUCUUCCCGUUGCCCGCUUGCCUGAAUCCAGUCCUCUAUGUGUUCUUCAACCCAAAGUUUAAAGAUGACUGGAAGUCACUGAAGCGACACAUUACCAAGAAGAGCGGAUCGGUGUCAGUGUCCAUCGGUAGCCAGGCUGGCUGCGUGGAACAGGAUUUCUACUAUGACUGUGGCAUGUACUCUCAUUUGCAGGGUAACCUGGCCGUGUGUGACUGCUGUGAGUCCUUUCUUUUGACAAAGCCAGUGUCCUGCAAACACUUAAUAAAAUCACACAGCUGUCCUGCAUUGGCGGUGGGUUCUUGCCAAAGACCGGACAGCUAUUGGUCCGACUGUGGCACGCAAUCCGCCCACUCUGAUUAUGCAGACGAAGAGGAUUCCUUCGUCUCAGACAGUUCGGACCAGGUGCAGGCCUGUGGACGAGCCUGCUUCUAUCAGAGUCGAGGAUUCCCUUUGGUGCGCUAUGCUUACAAUCUACCGAGAGUCAAAGACUGAACUGGUGUGUUUGUAACUGUUUCCCCCAUCAACCAAAAUCACAGCAUUUAGAGAAGAACCCUGGUCUGACCUUUCAUCUGGGAAGCACUUCUGGGAUCACUGCCUGGUGUGUCACUUAGAAGGAGGAGAAGGGGGGCAGUUGAUUUCUGAAACCAGACGUUCUCAAGGAACAAGUGCCUAACCUGUCAGUCAAUGGAAAAUGCAACGUGCAAGCAAUGUGUGGUCUAUUUGGAACAGGUUUAUAACUUGAAAAAUUUUAUGUAUAUCAUAGCAAUAUCAUGUUAGGUUUUCCUGAUCCAUGAGAAGCAGAUUUAUACCGAUUUCUGAACUAAGCACAAGGUGAACAACAGCUGUUAAUAUUUUUUUAAGAAUAUUUUAAAAUGUGAUUUUAUGUAGCUAAGAAAAAGUCUUGCUAAUUUUACCUAAUGGUUCAUCAUUAAUCUCAGGACAACUUAACUGCAGGGCCAAAAAAGGGAUUGUCUCCCAGGUAAAACUGUGAGAACAGAAGAGUAGGCAUCACCUGAUUGCAUUUUCUGGUCCCAUCUUUCACACAACAGAAUCAUAAAUUCUGUUUAAGUGAUUUAUAAACCUAAAACCUGAAGAUGUUUUUAAAACAAUAUUAACAACUGUUAGAUUUUAAAAGAAUAGCUGAACGUGUGUUUUCAGUGCUCACGCUUCGCUGUGGUGCAAACCCAGUAAUUUUGCCCUCAGUGUCUUGUGACCACACUAGGAAAAAGUAAAGGACUCAUUGUUGUGUGGGUUUGGUAGAUUUGGCUAAACUACUAACUGAUACGGGAUUUUAAUAGUACCUGAGGGACUUGAUGGCUCUGUGGAAUGUUCUUGUUAAAAAACAUUUCUUAGUAUCAUUGGCUGAGCUGACAUUUUCCAAUUUUGUUGGUAUGUUAUCUACAUAUAGUUUGAAUUACGCAGAAAAUAAACAGUGGUAAAUUAUUGUAUUAAGUUGGAAGAAAUUGGGAGUAAUUAUGACACAAAGCACUUAUAAUUAUUUCUUAGUGAGCUGGAUUCUCCUGAACCUGUGCUGUUACAUGGUAGCUUCCAUACAUGUUCCCCUUACUGUGAUUUAAAUACGAAAGAGCCUAUGCUACAGUUCAGGUACUGUGUCCUGGUGAGAUAAAACAAAUCUGUCACUUAAGAAAAAGAAUAAAGCUUAGGCCUGUGUCUUUAACAAUUAAAAAUUUUACUUGAUUCUUAUCUAUGGACUUUUGACAGAUCACUAUGUGGAGUCUUAAAGUUAUAAAUGUUUUUUGAACCAUAUGCUAAAUCAAUAGCAAACCCACUGCCACAUUAGUUAUUCAGGAUAUACUAAAAAACAUUAAGCUAGUUUGCAGUUUAAUAGUUAAACUGUAUAUAAUGUGCAUAUAAUGAAUUUUUAUCUUAUGUAAAUUAUUUUUAGAACACAAGUUGGGAAAUGUGGCUUCUGUUCAUUUCGUUUAAUUAAAGCUACCUCCUACACUGUAGUGGCUGCCAGUAGCAGAAUGUUAAAUUGUGGUUUAUAUACUUUUUUUUGCCUUGUAAAUAGUCUUGGUUGUACAUUGUCAGUGUAAUAAAAACAGAAUCUUUGUAUAUCAAAAUCAUGUAGUUUGUAUAAAAUGUGGGAGGGAUUUAUUUACAGUGUGAUGUAAUUUUGUAAGGCCAACUAUUCACAAGUUUUUAAAGUUGCUAUCAUGUUUGUUUAUUUACACAUCUGAUAAAUAUUAAAUCAUAACUUGGAAAAAAAUCUA